AUGAAGCACGAGUGGCAGGCGUGGGCAUUUCUACUGGGUGCCGUCCGGGCCCUGGACAUGGAAAAGCUUGAGAGUUCAUACAUAGAAGGAACGACUCCCGAUCGUACGAAUAUUCACGGAAUUGAUGUUGCUACACUCUCACAGACUCCACCAGAAGGCCAACCGCUCCCUGCCGAUGGCUGGACUGCCGACUGUACUUCCGUCGCCACUGGCCAUGACUGCAACUCGGCAUUCGAUGCCGACAACACCACCUACUGGCAGAGCGCCAACAGCGAUAGUGUCCAAAAUAUCACUAUUCACCUCGGUGAUGAGGAAAAGGUUAUCAGUGGGAUCAUAAUUGUGCCAGUCCAGACUGGUAACGCAGCGGAUGCUCACUUGAUUGAGGAGCACGAGGUCUUCUUGAGUACGGAUGAACAAACUUGGGAGCGCGUCGCGUAUGGAACUUGGUGGCCGGAUCAGAGUCUGAAGCUGGCAGCAUUUCAACCGCGUAAAGCAAAACAUGUCCGAUUGUCAGCUCCUGCUCCCAACGCGAUUGCCAUCGCGGAUAUCAGCAUAUACGAAGACCGCUACAUUGCUCCUGACGCCAGCCUAGGCGCUUGGGGCUCAACUAUUGACUUCCCCCUUGUUCCAGUCUCGGCUGCCGUCGAUCCACACUCUGGUGAGGUUGUUGCAUGGUCUGCUUGGGGUUACGACCAGUUCGUUGCUGGCAAGGCAGCGAAGACCCAAACCGCUACGUGGAGCCCCCGGAACCAGUCUGUGACUCGCCGCACUGUCCAAGAAACCAACCACGACAUGUUCUGCUCGGGCAUCUCGAUGGAUGAGGACGCAAAAAUCAUUGUCACUGGCGGAGCUGAUGGAGGUCAGACUAGCAUUUACAACACCACCGUUCGUGACUGGUUCACUGGAGCAGGUAUGGAGAUCGAUCGCGGGUAUCAAGCAUCUACCCUCUUGUCUGACGGUCGCAUGUUUGUCAUUGGGGGAUCCUGGAAUGGAGGUGUCGGCGGCAAGAAUGGCGAAGUAUACAAUCCAAAGACCAACGAAUAUGAGGAGCUUGAGGAUUGCAAGGUCGGGGCCAUGUACACACAAGACAGACGGUUGUACCGAAGGGACAACCACGGUUGGCUAUUUGGUUGGACCAAUGGCUACACUUUCCAGGCCGGUCCAUCCGAACAGAUGAACUGGUAUGGCUCUGCCGACAGUGGUAGUACACAAGGUGCAGGCAACCGUACUGGUGAUCAGGAUGCCAUGUGUGGCAAUGCGGUCAUGUAUGAAAAUGGCAAGAUCCUGUCAUUUGGUGGUUCCCCAUGGUACGAGGAUAAGAAUGCCACCAAAAACGCCAACAUUAUCUCGAUUGAUCAACCCGACCAAGAGGUGUCCGUCAUUCCGGACGCAGGUGGUGGUAUGCACUAUGCGCGAACCUUCCACUCAUCUGUCGUUCUCCCCGAUGGCUCAGUGUUCGUUGUUGGUGGCCAGUCCUAUGGAGUUCCUUUCGGUCAGGACGAUGUCCAGAUGACCCCAGAGCUUUUCAUUCCUGAUUCUUCGAGCCCCAACGGAGGCACCUGGAAGACUCUCGAAACUGGCACUAUCAUCCGUGUAUACCACAGUCUGGCUUUGUUGCUCCAAGACGGCACUGUCUUCACCGGUGGUGGUGGUCUCUGUGGAAACUGCAGUUCCAAUCACUUUGAUGGUCAAAUCUACACACCCGCCUAUCUGUUGAAUGCUGAUGGAAGUCCUAAGGAUCGUCCUGAGAUCCAAAGUGUCUCUCCUAGCUCCGUCAAGCCUGGUGCGACUGUUGAAGUCACUACUGCUGGGCCAGUCGAUACCGCUGCGUCCAUCAUUCGCUAUGGUUCCACUACCCACACCGUGAACACUGACCAGCGUCGCAUUGGUAUUGAAUUGAAGCCGGCUGGAGACAACAAGUACACCUUUGACAUCCCGUCUGAGGCCGGCCAGGCUUUGCCCGGCUACUACAUGCUCUUUGUCAUGAAGGAUGGAACACCUAGCUACUCCGUCAACCUCCAGGUCACUUCUGACUAA